AUGGAAGCAUGUCAGGAAUCAAGCAUCAGGACAAAAGUGGCAAUUGAAACACGUGUAUGGUUGAGAUACGAAAUAGUCGGCAACGACAAGUCUAUUUGGAGGCAUGCAACUAUAACCAUGGUUGAAAAUGCCACGACGUGUAAGAAUUUCAUGUGGCGAAAGCUGGAGAAGGCAAAUACGAAAAAGUCAGCAAAGAAAAAGAAAAGUGUUGUCCUUGUCAAAUCUACAAUCUCUCAAUCAUUCCGUACACAAAAACCCAUCAUCAGCUGGUCUAAAAAGAAUCAACUAGCUUUAUUUUUCUAUUUGGAUCAUCCCAACCCUCGACGAGCCCAUCAAAAACUGGUCAAAAAACCCAAAUUAGCUCAUAAAAAGAGACUGGUUACAGAAGAAGCUGCGGGAAAUGGGAAUGCCAUCUCUCGGCAACACUCAAAUGUUGGUGAGACUCUUCUGAAUUUAAGGGAGUUGUUAUUACUGUGA